GGAUUCGAUGAUACGAUUGGUUUGGUUAUGUUUACAAUGAUUUCUGUCACGUUUAUUUUUAUUAUUGUGCAUUAAAAAUUGAAAUUAUUUAAAUCACUAUGAAUAUCAUUAGGUUUUUCAAUUUGCCUUCUCUACUAAGACCAAUAAGAGUAAUCUCUGUUCCAAAUAAUGGAUUCCAUGCAUGUUGUGGGGUUAAAUCUUUGGUUUUAUUGAAAAACACGUCAAAAGUUCAAUACGUUUCAACACACGUAAUUAAAAAUUUGCAAAAGGAAAAUGGUUUUCUCAGAAAUAUAUUUUCAAGAAUACCAUUCUUGAAUAUCCAUAAAAUGCGACUUCAAGCUUAUGGCUUUGUUCUUUAUGAAGGAAUCGCAGAUAAAGUGGAGUAUGUCUCAUUUUUCGACACUUAUGAUUUGCCAGAUACCUUUUAUUCCUGGUUUGUCGUGACAGAGUUAUAUAUUUGGAUGCUCUCUGUGAGAUUUAUGGCAGAUGGUGAAGAUGGAACUGUUAUAAGAAAUGCACUUAUUGAAGCUCUUUGGAAAGAUGUUGGACAGAGAGUGAGAAAACUAGGGGCAGGGAAUCCUUCUGCUGUAAGGCAGGACAUUGAAGAAUUAUCAGAGCAGCUACAAGCUGCCUUGAUAUCUUAUGAUGAAGGUCUUCAGUCAAAUGAUACGGUACUGGCAGGUGCAUUGUGGAGGAGAUUGUACCAGAUGGGACCCGUUCAUCUACAUAAUCUGGACAAGCUAGUUGAAUAUGUUAGGAAACAGAUAGUAUUAUUGGACAAUGUGAGCAGUGAUCAGAUAUUUAAGGAUAAAAAAGUAAAAUGGGAGCCUACUACUUAGAAAAAGUGAACUUUGAUACUUUAUGAACAACUUAUUUACUGUAAAUAUGUAUUUAACUAUUAGUAAAUAUUUGAAUGUUA